AUGGACACUGCGGAGGUGAUCCUCUCUGUGUUGGUGGUUGUGAUUAUCGUCGUGUCGUUGCUGUCCAACGUCCUGGUGCUGAUCUGCUUUCUGUACAACCCGGAGAUCCGCAAGCAGGUCCCUGGUCUGUUCAACCUCAACCUCACCUUCUGCAACUUGUUGCUCACCGUGUCCAACAUGCCGCUCACUUUGGUGGGACUUGUCAGUGAGGCUCAGCCGGGGGGAGACGGCUUCUGCCAGAUCGUGGGCUUCCUGGAGACCUUCCUGUCCACCAACUCGAUGCUGAGCAUGGCAGCGCUGAGCAUCGACAGGUGGAUCGCCGUGGUGUUCCCGCUGAGGUAUCACUCCAAAAUGCGCCACAAAGACGCGGUGUUUGUGCUCGGCUACACGUGGGCGCACUCCAUGUCCUUCUCCACGGUGGCCACCUGCUUCUCGUGGGUGGGAUACCACCGGCUUUACGCGUCCUGCACCCUGUCCAACCCGAGGGCGAGCAGUCGGACCCAGUUUAUCAUCUUCACUGUUUUUUUCCACUCCUUCACAUUUUUCCUAUCUUUUAUAGUGCUGUGUGUCACAUACCUCAAAGUGCUUAAAGUGGCACGGUUUCACUGCAAGCGGAUCGACGUUAUUACAAUGCAAACUUUGGUGUUGCUGGUGGAUAUACACCCCAGUGUUCGCCAGCGUUGCCUGGAGGAGCAGAAGAGGAGACGACAGAGAGCAUCAAGAAAGAUCAGCACCUUCAUCGGCACCUUCAUGCUGUGCUUCGCUCCCUAUGUGAUCACAAGGAUUGUGGAGUUAUUUCCAGCGGUGCCUAUCAACCCCCACUGGGGAAUUGUCUCCAAAUGCUUGACUUACAGCAAGGCGGCCUGCGACCCCUUCGUGUACUCCCUGCUCCGACACCAGUACAAGAAGACUUGCACCGACAUCAUCAACAGGCUGCUGAAGCGUGGCUCCUUGAACGCAUCAGGGCGUGGGCACGAGACCCAAGUGCACAGCAUACCCGCUGCAGAGUGA